UACCACGCCAGAACCUGACACAAAUCGCCUCCAAACCUGGACGAACACAUGCAAGAGGGGCUACUACCGCCGCCAUUAUCAUCGUCAUCAACAUACGACCCCCAACGCUUUUUACGGCCGAUGAGCAACGACGAUGAGUGCAAAUGAGAAGCAUGGCAUUGGGAGGCAAAAAAAAGCUACGGAACUCCUAGGCACACGACGUUAUAUAGACCAUUAAACCAGAACUAACUGAGCAAACCGUACGUAAUACACGAGAGGAGAGGGCAAGAGGACCCUGGGAGAGGCGCCUGUCUGUCAAGUAACCAGGCCCCAUCAGCAACCAGCAACCAGCGCCGCCCAGCGGCACGACGAGAGUUGCUAUCGCAUAAUUAAAUCAAAGAGCAAAAGUUAGGUCAAACACAUAUACUUGCGAAAUCACGUACGCUGGCUGCUUCUUGUGAGCAGGGGCAACUACUCGGACGAGCAGCACGCGUGUAAGGACAUUUAGAAUCGACACAGAGCCGAGGGGAGGACGCGCGGGCAAAGGAAUGAAAGCAAAGAGCGUCAGCAAAACCGACAAAACCACUAGCACCAGCACUACUAGCCUGACCACGAUGACCACUGUCGUGCAGACGGUGGUGAUGGCGCUGUGCCUGUUCCAGGACUGGGUGGACGGGUCUAGACCCGGGGCUGGCCACCGGUUGGAUGUUUACAUAGCCGGCUUUUUCCCGUACGGCGAGGGAGUGGAGAACAGCGAGACGGGCCGGGGUGUCAUGCCAAGUGUUAAGCUGGCACUGGAUCACGUGAAUGAGCAUUCCACUAUACUGCGGAACUAUCGGUUGCACAUGUGGUGGAAUGAUACCGAGUGCAAUGCGGCCGUUGGGGUGAAGUCGUUCUUCGACAUGAUGCACUCCGGACCGCACAAGCUGAUGCUGUUCGGGGCCGCCUGCACCCAUGUGACGGACCCGAUAGCCAAAGCCAGCAAACAUUGGCAUUUGACGCAGUUAUCUUAUGCGGACACACAUCCCAUGUUUACGAAGGAUGCCUUCCCGAACUUUUUCCGCGUGGUCCCAUCGGAGAAUGCAUUCAAUGCACCGCGGCUGGCGCUGUUGAAGGAAUUCAACUGGACCCGGAUAGGGACGAUUUAUCAGAACGAACCGCGGUAUUCGCUGCCGCAUAAUCACAUGGUCGCAGACCUGGACGCCAUGGGGCUGGACGUGGUGGAGACGCAGAGUUUCGUGUACGACGUGGAAGAAUCACUGAGGAAGCUAAGGGAGAAAGAUGUGAGAAUUAUUCUAGGGAAUUUCAACGAAUACUGGGCCCGGAGGGUGUUCUGCGAGGCGCACAAGCUGGAUAUGUACGGCAGGUCCUAUCAGUGGCUUAUCAUGGGCACGUACGGGAACGACUGGUGGGAUGUCAAUGAUACGGACUGUGACGUAGAUGAUGUAAGGAUGGCGCUGGAGUCGACGAUUUUAGUGGAUUUGCUGCCACUUUCUACCAGCGGUGAAAUUGCUAUUUCUGGGAUUACUGCCGACGAGUAUCUUACGGAGUACAACAGCCGACGGGGGAGUGAGUACUCCCGCUUCCAUGGUUACACCUACGAUGGAAUCUGGGCCGUGGCCAGUGCCAUUCAGUAUGUUUCCCAACGGAAGGAGCAUGCAUUGACGCACUUUGAGUAUCGGCAAAAGGAUUGGGAGGCUAUAUUCCUGGAGGCAUUGAAGAACACCAGCUUCGAGGGAGUUACCGGACCAGUUAGAUUCUACAACAACGAGCGGAAGGCCAGCUUCCUGUUGAAACAGUUCCAGAACAGCGAAGAGGUUAAGAUCGGGGAGUACAACUCGUUGACGAACCGGUUGGACCUGACGCUCGGUCAUCCGAUGAAGUGGGUCGGACGAUCUCCUCCGAAGGAUCGUACCUUGCGAAUUAUUGAGCACAGUCAAGUCAACAUAACCAUCUACGUUGUGUUGGCGAGUACGUCAUGCGUGGGGAUCGUUAUGGCCACCGCGUUUCUGAUCGUCAAUAUCAGAUACCGAAAUCAAAGAUACAUCAAAAUGUCCAGUCCGCAUCUCAACAACCUGAUCAUCAUCGGAUGCAUUCUGACCUAUCUGAGCGUGAUCUUCCUGGGACUGGACAGCGGUCUGAGCAGUGUACCGGCUUUUCCGUACAUCUGCACAGCGCGUGCUUGGCUGCUGAUGGCCGGAUUCAGCCUUGCGUUUGGGGCUAUGUUCUCCAAAACAUGGCGUGUCCAUUCGAUCUUUACCGAUCUCAAGCUCAACAAGAAGGUCAUCAAGGACUACCAGCUGUUUAUCGUGGUGGGAGUGCUGUUGGCCAUCGAUCUAGCGAUCAUGACCACGUGGCAGAUCGCCGAUCCGUUCUACCGGGAGACGAAGUACAUUGAACCUUCGGAACACCCCACCCUGGAAGAUGUCAUAAUCGUUCAGGAGAACGAGUACUGCCAGUCCAGCAGGAUGACCAUCUUCAUCGGUGUGAUCUACGCCUACAAGGGACUGCUGUUGAUCUUUGGUGCCUUCCUGGCCUGGGAAACCCGACACGUAUCGAUCCCGGCACUGAACGACUCCAAGCACGUCGGAAUGUCCGUAUACAACUGUGUGAUCAUGUGCGUCAUGGGUGCCGCGAUCGCGCUGGUUCUGUCCGAUCGCAAAGACGCCGUUUUCAUUCUGAUAUCCCUGUUCAUCAUCUUCUGCACGACGGCCACGCUGUGUCUGGUGUUCGUUCCCAAGUUCGUCGAACUGAAACGCAAUCCAACCGGCGUGGUAGAUAAAAAGGUCCGGGCGACCUUACGGCCCAUGUCCAAGAAUCGGCGCGAUUCUUCGGUGUGUGAGCUGGAACAACGAAUGCGCGAUGUCAAGCAAACAAACUGUCGCUUCCGGAAGGUGCUGAUGGAGAAGGAAGCCGAACUGCAGGCUCUGAUCAAACGUCUGGGGCCGGAUGCCAGAGCGUGGAUAGGGCUGGAGACGAGUUCAUCGGAACCGGACGUGAAUAAGGAAUCGGUGAAGAUUCAGGUCAAGAAGGAUUACGCCAGCGAGGGAACGGAGUUUACCUCCAUUGGUAGCUUGGUAUCCAGCAAUGACACCUUGGAUUCCGUUGGACCGGAAAGAAAGAAGAAAACCACGGUUAUCUUACCAGGUGAAGAACCACCCACAAAGCCAAUUGCUACCAUCACCAAUUCAGUCCCGAAGAGCAAUUUGGUGAAUAACACUGCUGGACUCGCCGCGGUAGCACUUACAACAACGACUGCAUCCACCAUUGUGACUUCUGCAACGAAUACAGUCACCACAGCUGCUCAAACGGUAACGCCAACUGCCUCACAAGCCGCCGCCGUCGCCACACCCAAGGUAUCGGCCACAUCGAAUAGUAUAAGCAGCAGCUGCACCAGUGUCCCACAGGAUCCCAGCAAGCCCAUGUUCAACGACGUUCGACGGGAGUCGUUGGCCAGUUCGAAGUACUCUCCGGGUCAGACGAAGGAUCGAUAUGAUGACGAUCGCCCGUAUCAGAACAUCUCCAAGUCGAACACCCAGGUCAAUUGCACAUCUGCGACAUCACUGAAUCACUCUACUACCGAGCUUAACCAAGUCUGUCAUCACACCAAAUCCGUCGGGAAGAGUAGAGAUCAAAUCAACGAUCAGUCCCGGCGAGUAAGCGUCCAGAUGACAUCGUCCCUCAAAGGGAACUUUGUCGUAUCGCAGAGCGAUCUCUGGGACACCCAUACCCUUUCGCAUGCCAAACAGCGGCAGUCGCCACGUGGCCAAUCCCGCUGUCCUGAUCAUGGUCACCCACCGUCUCAGCAACAACAGCAGCAGCAGCAACAACAGCAGCAAAGUACCCAGUACGAUCACGAGCGGGAGAACAGCACCGCCACGUCGCCUGGGCCAAUCCAGCGGAGCGUAUCGGAGAAGAACCGCACCAAGCACCGGCACAAGCAGAAAAGUACCGCCUGCCAGAGCGAAACGGAUAGCGAACGCGAACAGCGCGACUAUCAGAACUUCCCCUCCUCGGUGUGUUCAACGGGCAGUAGCGUGGCGGUCACAUCGGCGGCCGGUAGCUGCGUAACGCCCACCAAGAUCACCUCACGUAAACUGUCGAAAUCUCAGCACUCGCACCACCAUUCCACGCCGAACGUAGCCCCGGAGAAGAAGCACUCCAGCUCCGGGAGCGGAACCGGCGGCGGAAGCACCCACAUCCGGCAUCGCAAGAAGGAAUCCAGCUCGAAGCCAAACCUGUACGGAGCGUGCUCGGAGUCGGAACUGCUGGAUGGGGAUACGGCUAUCCUGCCGAUCUUUAGGAAGCUGCUGAACGAAAAGGACUCUAGAUAUAGGACUAGGAAUACCGUUGGCGCCAGCUGCCCCAAUAUAUCGAUUAAAUGUGAUAUUGUUGAGUAUCUGUAAGGCGACACAGUUAGUUACGUUCAAUCAUUAUGUUGCGUUUUGAAUAUUGUAGAAAUUACGUAAAGGUUAUCGAGUGACCGGUUUUAAACACAUAAACCAGACGGUGGAUUCGGUGUCAUUGAUUGUCUUGGAAAGUCCAAAAAAGCUCCUCGGCCUCAUUUCGUCAAUUCUUUCAACUUACCAGGGAGUCUGUGCUCCCGUUCACUGCAAAUCGGGGUUUCCAUUUCGAAGCUUGGAUCACGGUCUGAUUACGAAGGGAGCGCUCCGGUUUCGUUAACACCGUCGUCUUCAAUUUAGUCUUUUUCAUUCAUCGUCAGUCAAGAUGUCGUCAUGUUGAGCCACCAGUAGCGGCUCAUCGGGUUGAACGGUUUGUUCAGGGGGUUGCACGUCUUGCUUAUCUUGAUUCUCGAGCUCAUACGGAGUAACAACCAAAAAAAAAAUCGUCAAGGAUCUCGGUGGUACUUCUGUUGAACUUGUGUUCGUUAAGAUCACCGCCGCUAGAACAGUUUAGUUCCAAAAAGUCUCCAUUCUGCUGUGGUAUGUACGCUGCAUUGGUCUCGACUUGAAUCCCCUUGGAAGCGUACCAAGCUCGCUGGUUCAUGGAGCAAUACUCGCGCCCUUGAUCGACUCUCGGAACUUUUUGAACACCUCGGACUUCUUCCUGAUGGGAUUUACCUGGUUCCCCGGGAAUAUCUGUUGCAGUGCAGAUUCUUGUUCCCCAAAUGAGUCACGCUACGGCAUCGUCGCUCUACUUAUGUGGCCGCUAUCGUAUUGACGAGGAGAUCGAACUCGUAGAAGUCGCCUUGCAUGGGACAUCUCGCAAUCAGAUAACGACUGUGGUUAAUAAUCGUUUCUUUUUCGUGAUUGUGAUGUCUAGGUUUGCUUUUGUCAUCUUCUUCACAGAUAACAGGUUCGCUCGGAGAUCUUGUAUUUUUCAGGCUUGACAGAGUACCUUCUUUGUUGACGCCUAUAACUCUCCGUGCUCAAUUGGGCCAUUUUUGACCUAAACUAUAUGUUCGUUCGUACACUUAAUCACUGGUUGAAAGAACUGAACUCGCGGAGUAACUUUGACGGAGUAUAGGUAGGUUUAUUGGCACUUAAAUUUGUUCACAAUAGUUCACUAUGCAAACACUCGAAAGGAUAAAUAGAUGGACUGUAUCACUUGGUUUUUUAUUCUUGACUGACUUUGUACCGCUUUGUACAAUUUUACAGAAUGCUUGAUGACCGCGUGCGAUGUUUUCUGGACAUCGGUUUUCUACCUUCGGUCAGCUCUACCGACGAUCGUGAGGCGAUAGAUCAGGCAUGGAAAUGUGCAACGGAAUGAUAAUUUGUGUUUGAUAGAACGGUACAACUAUAACUGCUAUCAGUAUUGCUCGGACACUAGCUACCUAAUUGACCUUGUCGUGUUGGUUGAUGGAUUUGAACUUGUACAGUAGUGAUCAAAAUUUUAGUAUUGAUAGUUAGCGCAAACACUGUACACUACGUCAGCUAGCUGUUCCUAACGGAUCGAAUGAAUCAAGAAAGAUAGCAAACAGCUGGAACACCAUAUCGUUUUAUUCAAGCUACGCUCCAGCCAGCUCCAUUUGCCGGAUCAGCUCUUCGAAGGUUUUGACGCACGUCUGCGACGAGACGAACUUCUUGGCAUACACGAUUUCCAGGCUGCUCUAAAUUUCCUUGGACGUCUCCUAGUUCCGGACAAGAUUUAGCAGACAGAAUUCAACUAGAUUUAGACAAGAUGCAGCGUACAAGACAAGAUUCAUCAAUGAAAAUAAUCAGUAGGUACACCGGCAUACCACCAUUUUCCUGGAAUUUCGUGAGCUCGUCCGCUUCUGUCGCAGGAUCGUUCUUGAUGACUUCGAAUACUUCUUCACUCGCUAGUCGUUGUAACCGGUGGCCGAGAAGCGGGAACAGCGGUAUCUCGGGAACCGAACUCUUGCGUGAGUCGAUUAUGAGCUCCUGAUGGUUAGAAGAACCUGAAACGCGAAGUUUAACAGCAGAAAAUAUUGUAUUAUUACUUAGUUUGAUGGAGAACUCAAACAGGAAUGAAAUAAUUGCAUUGCUGAUUUAAUCCAUCAAGAUACAAUUACUGAAAAGGAAGAAAAAAAUUCUCAAUGACACCGAAAUCCAACUGGCAAAACUAAUCAGGAAUUGAUGUUCUGUUAACCAAUCAAUCAGUAUUUUCAUCUUUCAAUCCUUCUGAACCUCUGAAGUAUUGCACAAAACCUGGCAAUUCAACAAGCAAUAAGCAAUGAUUGUAUCGUUUAAGUUCACCACGUUCUUCAUGUCUUUGCAACAAUAGGUUACUAAACCAAUCAAUGAACUUUAGUGUAUAGGAACUGAAAAAAAAGUAACUAAAGAAUAGAAAACUCAAAAACCGUCUUCCUACCGACAUGAAAUAUGCGAAUUAAUCAAAGACCCGUAAAUCAGCAACCAGUAGCAUCGAGAAUGUCGUUACUUAACCUAGCACUACUACCUACGUUGAGAUAAUUGCACCCACAGAAAAACGCGACACCUGAGAACAUAUGCACCACAAAACACCUACAUGAGCAGUGAGCACACUCUCUCACAAAACAUACAUACACAAUGUCUAUUUGUAUUCAUCCUCGUCGCACCACCUUACGACGCGGAAAACAAUUUGUUAUCUGUUGUUUUGUUCAAUCACAGUCGAACAAUUUUAAAACAAUCAAUUGAUCAACAACGAUCGUCGUCGUCGUCGUAUUUCGUGUGUACAUAGUUAUAUUUACCGUGGUGUAAGCAUAGAAAAAUUGCAUUUUUUACAAACCUAACUACUAAUGAUACUAGUCUAGAGAGAUACGAAAUCCUUAAUACGAUGCUGUAAAUAUAGGGGGAAAGAAAAUUUUUAGAUGCAAAACCAAGCUAGAACAACAAUUCGAAGAGAGGUUAGUCUAGACUCUAGAUUUGAUCAUAGCGCGCAGUUAGAGGAUACGUACGUACACCCAAGCAGUAUUGGUAAUGGAUUGGAGCUCAAACACGUUGCAAUCAUUCUUCUAAACUAAUCUAUUGAAUGAAUCAAGGAGAACCAGGUUGAUAGAUGAAAACUAAGCUACAUACAACCGAUUGUUGCAAAAGGAAAAUUUACGGAAAAAAAUACGAAUCAAAACGCAAAUUAUUGCGUCGCGUCUUAAGAAAACAAAAAAAACAGUUAAUUAGUGCUAGCCAAUAGGGAAGGACUAGACUAGUCGGUCACCUCAAUCACACAUUGUUCUAUUGUAACGCAGUGAAAGUGGAAGAAAACCAGAAGCCUAGAGAGUGUUGUAAAUGAUCCUACCAGACAGUAAAUGAUCCUGUACUAAUAAAGGAAUGAAUGACAGUUUUAAAUUAACAAAAAAGAAGUUUGAUUCAGAUGACAGCCAAAAUUACAACUGUGUGUCAGAGACAUCUUGAAUCUCCAUGACUCAAAGGGUCGAGGGCUUCUUCAAAACAUCACAGUUUACGCAACCGCCGCACCCGUCAAUUUGUCAGUAAUGUAUUGGCAUUCGAUUCGAUACCUUUGCUCUAAUCGUCUGCUUUUGUUUUCAGUUCGCUUAUAACUCUAGGUAUAAUACAUCUUGCAUUCGUCCUGCUUAUGCUUGUAUAUAUCACAAAACGUUCUAUAAUUGUUUCACAAUAUUUUUGAGCGUUACGGUUGUUGUUACUUAUGUUUCGACUUUUCUUUGAUUUCUUAUGCUGCCUAACACUCUUUUCUAUAGUCUUAGAGCCUAGGGAAACAAGUUCAAAUAUAAUAUGGUACUGUUGAAACUUCAUUUUCUUGCUGUCUCCCUGUUCAAGGUUAUAAAUAUAGUCAGUUUCAAAGAUGAGAUCUCGUUUAUUUCCUCCAUUUAGUUAUUAUUAACCAUUUUGUUUAAGUACAUCUCCUCCUACCAACAUACACACACAUCAUCCUCUAACAUAAACUCGCUUUGAUUAAAAACCUAACACACUCAAUGCACGGUCAAGAUAAAUGCUUCUAACUAACAACUACCUAAUCUGGCGAUUGUAAGUAUUUGGAAGCUGCGCACUUCCCAGCUCCUAAUGUCACAACAAUACUGUUUCUUUUCAAUACGGCGAAAACAAAGGGAAUCUCUUUUUCGCAAUUUCUAUCUUUUUCUCUGUCUCUCUCCGUCUGACUGCUUGUUCUAAGUACUUAGAGUACAUGUGGUACACCUGGUAAUAUUAAUAGAUAUUGUCACAGAUUUUUUGAUUGACUGGACUCGUUGGAAAUCAUUAAUAUGUACGCGAUACACUAUUUCGCUCCUCUAUUUGUCUCGUUAACAACUCUAAAGUGUAUAAGUUUGGCUACGAGCGCUAGUUUUCAGCACAAUAAUGUGUAUGAAAAAACCUUUCGGGUGUGGCAUGUUUGUGUUUGGCACGGUUUGACUUCUCGCAAAUCAGUCGAUCAUUACCCCUUUGGGAUUAGUUUGUUCUGUUAGGGUUUGGAUGUUUGUGACUUACCUUUCUUGGUGAUUCCAAUCAAAAUUGUUGGUGAGUUAUUGUACCUAUGGCGUUUAGUCUCCAAAUAGCUUGCUUAGGGAAUUUUUUAGACAGAAAAAGAUUAAAACUUUAUGAGAUACAAAUGAUGCAAAAAAAAAUGAAAUGUAAUCCUGCUUCCGUCUUUACCGACAACCAUGUACUUAGUUGUGGUAGAAAAAAUGUAUAAAGCUUAUUUGGUGAUUUGUUGUUGCAUGAAGAAGAAGAAGAAGAAUGAUGGUGUUUUGAAAAAAUCCUAUCCCUACAACACAGGGGAAGUUUUUAAAAUGCCUCUAAAAAAUCUAAAACAAAAUCUAAUUAAAAACGGUUUGAUGUACGGUGUUAGACUUUGAACGGACUACAAAUUAAGUACCUUAUCAAGAAAAAAAAUUUAAAUUCAAAUUUAUACGUUCAAUAUGUAGUCCGUCCAAAGUCUAACACCGUACAACAAACCGUUUUUAAUUAGAUUUUGUUUUAGAUUUUAUAGAGGCAUUUUAAAAUCUUCCCCUGUGUUGUAGGGAUAGGAUUUUUUCAAAACACCAUCAUUCUUCUUCUUCUUCUUCAUGCAACAUCAAAUCACCAUUCACGAUGCCUCCCUUUUCAGCAAACAGUCGCUAAUCGAAGAGUCGAAAUGUAGCUCAUAUUUUAUUACAAUUUGACAACAAGUAAAACUCAUUCUAGCACGAGGAAGCCAUCACAUUGCAGCAAGUCAUGGCGCAGAUGCUCGCUCAACAACAGAGACUGAUCACCCUGCUGUCUCAGCAGAUGUCAGCAGUGCAGUUUGGCCUCAAGGAGCUGACCCACAUGACGUCACACUGAAUGCGCUGGCAAGUAUGCAGCGAUACUCGAUCUUCAUACUUCCAAAGCAAUCCAACCAGUUCGUUCAGCGAGAAGUUGAAGCCGCUUUUCGAAUCACCUGUCUCCAUAGUGGUUUCUGCUUUUAGUAGUGUUGCGUGUACGUACACGCUGCAUUACACGAACACCACUUGAGUUACUGGUUGAAAAUACCCAGGUAACCACUAAGCAUUUAAAUAAGCCGUACAGCAGCCCGUAUUAUGCAUUUGAGAUGCUUGCUGCCCUACAUAAGCAGUUCGAAUGCAUAACUGCCUUGAAAUAGCAUAAGCUGUGCUGCUCAAAAGCUUUAGGCUGUAAAUUAGCAUUUCAACUGCUUGAGGUGUUUCCGUUCGGAAGCAAUCAGAAUGCUUCCCAACCAGUGAAGAGAAUUGUCAGACAAAAGAGGCACAAAACAAGCAACAAAGAAGGUGCGACGAUUACUCUUUAUCCCUACUGGUAACAGAUAAUGACAUGAUCUCGAAAUUUUUUGUUGCAGACAAAACGGAAGCUGAAUUUGUUGCGUACUUUUCAACUCGUGAAUAAUCAAUUAUUGCUAACCCAAAGUCGAAACUGUUUGAUGAUAGAUCUUCAGCAGAGUUGUAGUGCUUACCGACUCGAAGUUACCGUUCGAAAAUGGCAAUGAAAGGCUUAAAAAUCUCUAAACUCGUGGUGUACGAUGUUAAUCCCAUUAUUUUCAAGUUGGGACAAACUUAUGUCGCAUGGGUUUGUUUGUCGCAACAAAUACAGGUUGCGACAUUGUCAUUAUUGUUGCGCGAUGGUUGAAUUUUGAUUCACUGUUCCCAACCUGAGACCCCAACUGCUCUUUAAAUGCUAAGAGCAAAGAGGAUGGAAGACAUGUUAUGCAUUUCACAGGACAUGUUGUCCCUCUUUUACAGGACCUAUGCUUCUGUUUACGAAUUUGUGCAUCUGAUUUGCUUCUUCGUUUUUCCUCACCAAUCCAAGAGCUCAGAAACAAACUUUGCUGCAGCUGGGUUUGAUGGAACUUGGCCAUCAAAAAAUGACUAAUUGAGAUUUCGUCGGAAUAUGUGCGCUGAUGCCGAAUAGGUGGAUGAUUUGGCGGAUCCUAGGGCGGAUCAUAAGAUUAUUCAAAAGAGGAAGAGAAAAUCAUAUGCUGUACACACUACGGAAUAUCUUUUUGAAAACAAGUUUUGGGUGUUCGAACUGAAGCUGUUUUCCAAGCAUUAUUUAUAUUGGGUAUAAAUUCAACGCACGACAUCGGCACAGCUGUAGCAUCGUGGAACAGUGGCAGCAGAUUCAGAAGUAAAUAUAUUUCAGUAUCUUCGUAUCCUAAGUUCGAACCCAAAUCACUACUAAAACAAGCAAAAAGUACCAUCUAUCACCAGCUGAAGUGUGGAAGGAUGAGGAAGCGGAGAAGUGGGCUGAUGAGAGACCGAGAAGCAGACGUAAAUCUGUUUUUGUUUUGUUUUGUUCGACGAGGCGUUACUGGCGUUACGCUUCUUUGACAUUUUGUCACGACGUUCCUGAAGGGGUAGCACUUAGACAGCCCGUUAUUUUGCCAAAACCUGCUGUGGAGUAGCACUAAAGGCGUAUAUAAGGCUAAUUAGCAUUAAACGCCUUGUCGUAAAGGCAACUAUAAUGCUGAAGGAGUGCUAUUUUAAAUGCUUACUGAUUAGUUGGGUAGUAAACAAAGAUCAGCUGUUCCCAGCAAAAUCAAAUGGGCGUACACUAAGGUCUUUUUUUACACGGUUUUUUUUACACGGUUUUUUUACACGGCUUUUUUUACACGGUUUUUUUUUACACGGAUUCGCGAAUUAACACGGUUUUUUCAACUUCCUCGCGCUAAGUGUCUAGAAGGGAACUUUUACUAAAAGGAAGAAAUGGGAUUUGUGGGAAAGGGUUGCAAGGGAGUUGAAAAGUGGUAUGAGGUGAAGGCGGAUGAUGAUGUAAGAGGUCUGCAGGAAAGGGAUGUGUGGGGGGUCUGUUUCUUGAAGGAGGGGGGGGGGGGGUUAAUAUAUGGGGGGGCUAGGAGGGGUUAAAUGGGGGGUUUCCUAAAGGUGAUUUUUGGAGUAUGGUUCAGCGUCCUACAGGUCCAUGGAGCAUAGUUCUGAAGAGAAGUAAUUUUAUUCAAGGAUAUUCUAGGACAUCCAAGAACUUCCGCGAAUAAAGGCCUUAAAAUCUAUAAGCGUAAUGGAUGGGUUGUAGUCACAUUACUGAUACGGUGCAACAUCCUAAAGGUCCUCAGAGCAUAGUUCUGUAGAGACGUAGUUUUCAAAGAUAUUCUAAGACCUCCUAGAACUUCCGAGAGUUCAGGCCUGAAAAUCUACGAGCGUAAUCAAUUAAUUGUUUAUAUAUUAUUGAUGCGGUGUAACACCCUACAGGUCCAUGCAGCAUAGUUCUGAAGAGAUGUUGUUUUCAAGGAUAUUCUAGGGCAUCCAAGAACUUCCGCGAAUAAAGACCUUAAGAUCUACAAGCGUAAUCGAUGGAUUGUAGUCACAUUACUGAUACGGUGCAACAUCCUACAUGUCCAUGGAGCAUAGUUCUGUAGAGACGUAGUUUUCAAGGAUAUUCUAGGGCAUCCAAGAACUUCCGCGAAUAAAGGCCUUCAGAUCUACAAGCGUAAUUAGUUACAUUACUGAUACGGUGCAACAUCAUACAGGUCUUUAGAGUCUAGUUAUGUUGAGACGUAUUUUUUAAAGAUAUUCUAGGACCUCCAAGAACUUCCGAGAGUUCAGGCCUGAAAAUCUACGAGCGUUAUCAAUUAAUUUUUGCUAUAUUAUUGAUGGGGUGUAACAUCCUACAGGUCCAUGGAGCAUAGUUCUGAAGAGAAGUUAUUUCCAAGGAUAUCUUAGGGCAUCUAAGAACUUCCGCGAGUAGUGGCCUUAAGAUCUACAAGCGUAAUCGAUGGAUUGUAGUUACAUUACUGAUACGGUGUAACAUCCUACAUGUCCAUGCAGCAUAGUUCUGAAGAGAUGUUGUUUUCAAGGAUAUUCUAGGGCAUCCAAGAACUUCCGCGAAUAAAGACCUUAAGAUCUACAAGCGUAAUCGUUGAACUGUAGUCACAUUACUAAUACGGUGCAACAUCUUACAGGUCCUUAGAGCAUAGUUCUGUAGAGACGUAGUUUUCAAAGAUAUUUUAGGACCUCUAAGAACUUCCGAAAGUUCAGGCCUGAAAAUCUACGAGCGUAAUCAAUUAUUUUUGCUAUGUUAUUGAUGCGGUGUAAUAUUCUACAGAUCCAUGGAGCAUAGUUCUGUGGAAAAGAAACUUCCCAAAUAUGCUCUAGGUCAUCCAAGAAUUUCCACGAAUAAAGAAUUCAAGAUCUACAACCGCAAAAAAUGGGUUUUUGUUAAAUUACUGAUACGGUGUAACAUCCUACAUGUCCAUGGAGUAUAGUUCUGAAGAGAAGUUAUUUUCAAGGAUAUCUUAGGGCAUCCAAGAACUUCCGCGAGUAGUGGCCUUAAGAUCUACAGGCGUAAUCUAUGGAUUGCAGUUACAUUACUGAUACGGUGUAACAUCCUACAUGUCUAUGCAGCACAGUUCUGAAGAGAUGUUGUUUUCAAGGAUAUUCUUGGGCAUCCAAGAACUUCCACGAAUAAAGACCUUAUGAUCUACAAGCGUAAUCGUUGGAAUGUAGUCACAUUACUAAUACGGUGCAACAUCUUACAGGUCCUUAGAGCAUAGUUCUGUAGAGACUUAGUUUUCAAAGAUAUUCUAGGACCUCCAAGAACUUCCGAAAGUUCAGGCCUGAAAAUCUACGAGCGUAAUCAAUUAUUUUUGCUAUGUUAUUGAUGCGGUGUAAUAUCCUACAGAUCCAUGGAGCAUAGUUCUGUGGAAAAAAAAUUCCCCAAAUAUGCUCUAGGUCAUCCAAGAAUUUCCGCGAAUAAAGAAUUCAAGAUCUACAACCGUAAUAAAUGGAUUUUUGUUAAAUUACUGAUACGGUGUAACAUCCUACAGGUCCAUGGAGCAUAGUUCUGAAGAGAAGUUAUUUUCAAGGAUAUUCUAGGUAAACCAAGAACUUUCGCGAGUAGUGGCCUUAAGAUCUACAAGCGUAAUCGAUGGAUUGUAGUUACAUUACUGAUGCGGUGUAACAUCCUACAGGUCCAUGCAGCAUAGUUCUGAAGAUAGGUAAUUUUCAAGGACAUCUUAGGGCAUCCAAGAACUUCCGCGAGUAGUGGCCUUAAGAUCUACAAGCGUAAUCGAUGGAUUGUAGUUACAUUACUGAUACGGUGCAACAUCCUACAGGUCUUUAGAGCAUAGUUCUGUAGAGACGUACUUUUCCAAGAUAUUCUAGGACCUCCAAGAACUUCCGCGAGUAUAGGCCUGAAGAUCUACUAGCGUAUUCAAUCAAUUGUUGUUACAUUUUCUAGCGUAUUCAAUCGAUUGUUGUUACAUAGGUAAUUUCUUUGGAAAUUUCCUUUACUGUUAAAGUUUUUCUUUAAAAAUAUGUUCAUGAACUCCUCCUGGAAUUCUUUCAGAACAUCCUCCAUGAAUUUUGGUAAGACAUUUCUCUUGGAAUGUUUCUAAAUAUUUUUUAAUAAAUCCUUGUAGGAGUUCAAUCAUGGGUUUCCGAGGGAGAGUUUUCAGCAUUUUCUUUAGCAACUCUUUCUAGAACCAUUUCAGAAAAAUCCCUAAGAUAGUUUCACAUAAUCUUGAAGGGCUUCGUUCAAGAAUAUUUUCUGGGAUUUCUUCAAGAAUUAGAAAGACAAUUUAUUCAGAAAUUUCUCCAAGGAUUUUUUCAGAAAUUCUUCCAUGAACUCCAUUUAAAUCUUACUAAGGAAUUCCUUUUGAAAUAUUACUUGAGACUCCUUCAGUAGUUUAAGCGUUUCCCAUAAUUUUCAGUAAAAGAUUACCUUUUCCAUGGAUUUUUUGUUAUUUUUAUUUUCAGAAUUUUCGAAGAAUUCUCAGCGGUUUGAGAUAUUCCUCCACAGAUUUUUACAGAAUUAUUUUAUGAGAUAACGUAAAUUAUGUUGGAGUUACUCUUCGAGGGUUACCUGAAGGAAAUAUUUAAAUAAAUUUCUGAUGAGAUUAAAUUUUAUUGAAACUAUUUUAGAAACAAUCGUUUAUAGCUCCUGGAGAAGUCCUUGGGGAAUACCUGGAGGAACUCCUGAGAUUCGACACAAAAGUUCAGUUAAUUAGACGAAGUGGCUUAAUUUCCCCAAUAGAGGGGUAGGAAAAAAAGUCCUGAGAUGGAUUUAGAGGAUUUUUAAGUAGAAUUUUAUGAGAAAUUUUUGGGAAAAAUCAAGGAAAAAAUACUGAAGAAGUUUCUAAAAAUCCUUGAAGGCAUUUCUAAAGGACACCUCUGAUAAGUUUCUGAAAGAAUCCUUGAAAAAAAAUCUUCGGAAAUCCAUAAAGAAAUUACAGACAAAAAUACUAGAAGAAUUCUUAAAUAAAUCUCCUAAUGAUUUUUUGAAGGGUGAUUUGGAACAAACCCUGAAAGAACUCAUGGACAUACUUCUAAAUAGAGGAGCUUGGGAAGUAUUCGCAAAGGAAUCACCAAAGAAUUUUCUAAAAUUGUUUUUUUUUUCAAUGAGUCUCUGAAAUUUGGAGAAUGCUGUGCAAUAAUUCCGAAAAGAAUUUCUGAAGAUAUUCUUGGAGAAACGUUAAGAAAUAAAUCCUGAAGUGAAUUCUAAAGAAUCCCUGAAGAAAGGUUUCUAAAAAUCUCUAGAGAAGUUUACGAUCCCACUUGUGGAGGAAUAUCUAAGGAUUUCUAGGAAGUCCCUUAGAGGAACCCUAUUCAGAAUUUUUUGGAGAAACUCCUGAUAGAAUCCCUGGAGUAAUUCCUGAAAAGCACCCUAACAGAACACCUGCAAACAUUUCGAAUUUUACCAUGACUAUACUGGUCUAGAAUGAGUUUCAUUAAAGAAUAUCCUUACCCGAGCAGGAGGAAAUAGCUGAAGAAUAACUAACUCAGGUAUGGAAAACCGAAUACCUACAACCUGAAUGAGGUAUUAAGUAGCCCUGCAUAAGAGGUAAAAUACCUAAAAUAAUAACUCGUGUGUAUUCUGUGCAUAACACGUGAAUAAUGACAUCAGGUAUGGCAAUACCUAAAUAAUAAUCGGAGAUUUUUCCAUACAAAUAGCAAUUUUUCCAUAAUUGAAUAAUACCUCAAGCAGUCCUCAACACCAAACCAAUAACUCGUUGAGUUAUUGCAUCAAUACCUGCAAAAUACCAAAAUAAAUUAUAUUUCAUACUUGGAUAACCGAUCAAUACCUCGUCUUGGUAUGAUACCUGACUUUGGUAUGCUGCAGUUAUGUGUCAGUUAUUCAUUCCUGCUCGGGUAGACGAGACGUGCGACGUUGUGAAUUUCUAUCUAGAGGAAUCCUUUAUAAAUUUCCUGGUAAACGUCCUCAAGGGUACUCUCUGAAAUUUAUAGCAUAGUUCUUAUGAGGAUAGUUUUUAUUGAAACCUCUGAUUGACAUACGUUUAAACCGUUUACACAAAAUAGAUGAAAAUUGUAAUUUAGAUACAAGAAAGAAAUUGUUCUGUAUUGACGUUUUUUUAAUGACUAGAAUUUGCUCUUCACUAAAAAAAAUAAUUUAAAAUUUUGGUCCCGCCGAUUACGCCGCCGCCGCCGCCCCCGUAUAGGACGAAUUACUAUACACGCCGCCGCCGGUGAAAAUUGCUUCGGCGCACACGUCUACUACAGGUCCUUGGCGCAACGUGUUCUUGGUCAUCCAGAACUUCCGCAAGUAAAGGCCUGAAUCUACUAGCGUAAUUAAUCAAUUGCUUUUACAUUACUUAUAUGAUGUUAUACAGAUUUAUGGAUCACGGUUCUAUAGAGAAGUUAUUUUCAAAGAUUUUCUAGUUAAUCCAAGAUCUUUCGCGAGUUAAGGCCUUAAGAUCAAUAAGCAUUAUCAAUGGACUUCUGUUGCAUUACUGAUGCGGUGCAACAUCCUACAGGUCCAUGGAAGACAGUUCUGUAGAGUCUUGAUUUCCAAGAAUGCUUUAUGUCUCCCAAGUACUCUUGCGGCUCAUGGAAGUUCUUGGAGUACCUAGAAGAUGUUUGGCAAUUAUUUCUCAACAGAACUAUGCUCCCUGGACCUUUAGGACGCUAUACUGUAUCAGUAAUGUGACAACAAACCAUUGAUAACGCUUGUAGAUCUUCAGGUCUAAACUCGCGGAAGUUCUUGGGAACUUGUAUUGAUUGCGCUUAUAAAUCUUAGGUCUUUACUCAUGGAAGUUCUUGGAGGACCUAGAACAUCUGUGGAAAUUAUUUCUAUGCAGAAAAAUGGUUCAUGGACCUGUAGCAUGUUACAACGUAUAAGAAAUGUAACAACAAUCCAUUGAUUACGCUUUUAGAUCUAAAGGCCUUUACUUGCGGAAGUUCUUGGAGCUCCUACAUCAUCUUUGGAUUUUUUUUCUCUACAGAACUAUGCUCCCUGGACCUGUAGGACGCUACACUGUAACAGUAAUGUGGCAACACACCAUUGAUAACGUUUGUAGAUCUUAAGGCCUUUACUCGCGGAAGUUCUUGGAGGUCCUAGAUUAUCAUUGGAAAUUAUUUCUCUACAGAACUAGGCUCCCUGGACCUGUAGGACGCUACAAUGUAUUAGUAUUGUGACAACAAACCAUUAAUAACGCUUGUAGAUAUUCAGGUCUUUACUCAUGGAAGUUCUUGGAGGACCUAGAACAUCUGUGAAAAUUAUUUCUAUACAGAAAAAUGGUUCAUGGACUUGUAGAAUGUUACAACGUAUUAGAAAUGUAACAACAAUCCAUUGAUUACGCUUGUAGAUCUUAAGGCCUUCACUCGCGGAAGUUCUUGGAGGUCCUAGAUCAUCUGUGGAAAUUAUUUCUCUACAGAACUAUGCUCCCUGUACCUGUAGGACGCUACACUAUAUCAGUAAUGUGGCAACAAACAAUUGAUAACGCUUGUAGAUCUUAAGGCCUUUACUCGCGGAAGUUCUUGGAGGUCCUAGAUCAUCUGUGGAAAUUAUUUCUCAACACAACUAUGCUCCCUGGACCUGUAGGACGCUACACUGUAUCAGUAAUGUGACAACAAACCAUUGACAACAUUUGUAGAUCUUCAGGACUUUACUCGUGGAGGUUCUUGGAGGACCUAGAACAUCUAUGACAAUUAGUUCCUUACAGAAAAAUUGUUCUUGGACCUGUAGCAUGUAACAACGUAUUAGAAAUGUAACAACAAUUCAUUGAGUACGCUUGUAGAUCUUAAGGCCUUAACUCGCGGAAGUUCAAGGAAGACCUAGUAUGUCUUUAGAAAUGAAUACUCUUCAGUACAACGCUCAAUGGACCUCUGGGAUGUUACAACGCAUGUAGCAAGAAAUUAUUGGCUGUGUUUGUGGAUCUUCUGGCCUUUACUCGCGGAAGUUCUUGGAGAUCAAAAUUGGAGGUCAUGUUUGAAAAUGAUUUAUUUACAGAACAAUGCUCCGUAUACCUGUAGGAUGUAGAACAGUAUCAGCGAUGUAACAACAAUCAAUCGAUUACGCUCGUAGAUAUCAAAGCCUUUACUCGCGAAUGUUCCUGGGUGUCCUGGAACAUCUUUCUCUACACCACCUAGCUCCGUGGACCUGUAGAGUGUUGACAGUCUCCUUGAUCCUUCGUUUCGUCCGUCUAGACAGUCCUUAUCACCCCAAAAUAUCCUCUACGAUCUUUCUUGGAAACAGUAUGCACUCUGCUCCCCAUAGCCUAUCCCUUGUCCCCUUCUCCACUAACCCCUAGA